CUGGAACUUUGAAAUCCUAUCGGGCGGAAGAAAUGGAAGAGCCGAUUCGUGUCGACUUGGAGAGUGCCCAGCAAUGCAAGGCGGUUGACAUGAUCGACUUUUUGCUCGCGUUCUGCCUGUCGGGAAAGGGAAAAGUUGUUCCCGCUCGUGACAAGCGGGUGCUGUUAUCUGCCUUUGAGAAAGUGAAGGAAGUAGGAAACCAGGAAGGAACCACGCUGAGGAUUGAGCUCUCCAAGUUCCUCAAAGCCGGGACAGAGGCAGAAAUGUACGAUCCGUUCGUAAUCGCCUCCAACUAUGCCCUAGAUCAACUUUCAAAAAUCGAUAUCCAAGGGUUGCCUCAGUACUCUGCCAACAAGCAGAUCGUCUUCGUUUGCAACCACAACCACAUGGUGAAGUCCCUCGAUCUUAACCGGGAUUGCCGGACUAGACCAGAUAUUGUCCUACUUCAAUGGGAAUUCUUUAGAAGCCUAGCCUGCAACGCUUCCGAUACCUACUCCUGCACUUACGGGACGCAGACCUGUACCGCAGGCUCUAAAAACCUGGAGCUGGCAUGGAAAAAGGUCCGAUCAACAGUAGAAGUGAAAUUUGACAGAUUACCGAAGCAAGUUAACUCGAUGAGGACAUUCAACAAUAACUUUGAAGACCUCAAGGAAUCAGAGUCGUGUACCUCGUUCGAUAAUGACUCAGCUACUGGGUUCACCCGACUGGUGCAACCUGAGCUCAAAUAUGGCUCCAGGGGAUCGGAUAGGGUGGCCGCGAGGAAGGGCCCAGUCACGUCGGAACAUAUCUCAGAAUGGGCGUACCCUCGCAUGAAGCGCAAGACAGAAGCGCUCAAUGACCACAAUACCACCAAACGAUCCAAGACUGGGGGGGAUGCUGCAGGGAGCCCAAAACGUUCGGCGGUCCCGCUAAAGCAUCCAGUCCACAUUCAGAAUGGGAUCUACGCGGCGGAGAGGCUCUCCUGCUCCCUUGACAUCACUCAUGCUAUCAACUUCAUUCUCCAAGGCGAGAUUCAACCCCGUAAAUCUUGUCGAGUGUAACUCAGGCUACAAUGUUUUAGGGAGCAAAAUAUACAUUACAUGGUCAGACAGGCAGAGUGUUAUUCGAACGGGGGGCUUCGACAUCAUCGAUGACCUGCCUCACUUCCUUCUGGUCCUACUCGUUAUGCAACGGUUCGACCUGGCACGCUGGGGUUUUUUCACCGCGUUCGAGGGUCGAGUAUCUACCC